GGUCAUAGGUUAAAUAUUGCUUGAAUGAGAUGCAGGAAGAUAUUUUCAUUUCAACAUUUGAGUGAGAGAAAUGUCGUCUCUUAUCCCACCGACGAUCUUUUCGUUUUUAUUGUGUUUUGCGGCGAUUUACUGUACUGCCAAGAAUGUCUUACCAUCAGAAGAGGAUUAUUAUUUCCUAUUUAAAACAUUUGUCAAGAAAUACAACAAAUCGUAUAUAAACGACACAGCGGAGUUCAAUCAUAGGUUUAUUAUAUUCAAGCAAAAUGUGAAAAAAGUGUCAACGAUGGAAGUCUUUUCUGAUGGUGCACAGUUUGGAAUCACAAAAUUUUCAGAUCUUACAGAAAAAGAAUUUACAGAACAAUACUUGAAAGGAUUGAAAGGCAAGCAUCCCCUUCUCAAGUCAAGCCAACAACCUCUAAAUUCCACCACACCAAUGCAGAAUAUCCGUAAAUUGAAAAUCCCACCUGUUGUCGAUUGGAGGAAAUCCAGAGCCGUCACAAAAGUGAAGAAUCAGGGAUCAUGUGGAGCUUGUUGGGCAUUCAGCUGUGUUGAGACAAUGGAGAGUAUGUACGCCAUUAUGAAGAAUAUAUCUGCCCCAGAAUUAUCCGUACAGGAAGUGAUUGACUGUACUGGGGAAAGUCUGGGAUGCCGUGGUGGAGACACAUGUUCUACAUUAAGAUGGCUACAACAGAAGAACCAGACAGUGGUCUAUGAACCUGCUUAUCCUCUCAAAGACAUCGAUGAAUCAUGCCGUCCUAUUAAAAAAGAUGCCCCAGGUGCUCAAGUGAUAGAAUCUACCUGUGACAACUUUGUUGGAAGAGAAGAGAAAAUGUUGCUCCAUCUUGCCCAAAACGGUCCAUUGGUCACUGCAGUGGACGCCUCAACUUGGUCCAACUACCAGGAAGGGAUCAUUCGAUACCACUGUGAGACCUCUAACAAUCAUGCUGUCCAAAUUGUUGGCUAUAACACAUCAGGUGAAGUACCAUAUUACAUUGUGAGAAACUCUUGGGGUAGUGACUUUGGUAUCGCUGGUUACCUUCACAUUGCUGUUGGAAGCAACCUUUGUGGUUUGGCCCAAGAAGUAUCAACGCUACAGAUCAAAAUUGUAUGAACUAAAGACAGGAGACCUGUUCCAGCACUAAAACAUAUCAGUUACUGAAGUUUAACCAAUAUUUGGGUGUCGCGAAACAUAGUUUUGUAUCAUAAUGAUUUAAAAUUAUUAUUAUUAUUAUUACUAUUAAUAAUAAUAAUAAUAAUAAUAAUAAUAUAAUAAUAAUGAUUAAACUUUUUUUAUAUAAACUUAAAAUAUAAAACGAAUAAAAAAAUAUUCAACUUUUGUAGCUUUGUCAGAAAAUCAGACUCCAUUUUUCUCACAACAUAUCAUUAUGAAAACAUGAACAGUAUGAUAGCAAUAAAAACAUUAAAAAAAUCAAAAGAUCAAUGACAAUAUUAUAAAAGAAAUAACAAAUAAAUUUUGGUAUUAAAUGAAGUUACUCAACAGAAUGACAAUUAUAGGUUUCUUUUGAUGCCAUGCACCGAUAUUUUUAUGACCAAUUUCAUAUGUCUCUUUGCAGUAAAAAAUGGCUGUUUUUGUAAAUUUCCAAUCUUUUUUGGUUUUUUUUUUUGAGUCAGUUUUUCAGAAUAUUUAAUUUUAUAUAAUUAUUAAAAA